GUCGAUUCGUUGUGUCGUUCUGUGUAUUUACGUGAAAAGGCGUGCGGGAGUGACACGCGUUGCGAGACCGGCUCCCGAUCAACGAAAUUAGACGAAUAGAGUCGCUUUCGAACGAGCAGUUAUAAUCCGAAUAGUCAGCGAGGGGUCGUUAAACGAACGUGAACAUUUAUUGUCAAAACCGUGCGUGCCGUUUACUGAAUCUUCGCAAUCGAUGACAAUAGAACUGUCAGUGCAACAGUUAACGCGUGACGUACGAUGCCUCGUGUAAAUAAUCGACUCUCGCGAUGACUCCAUCGUAGGUGAUCGUAGAGUGGCGUUGUAAAGUCGAUCAAGAAAAAACGAUCAAAUUCUUUCGCGGAAACAAUCCCGCGAUCAGUACGAUCAUCAUUUGCGCGUAACUUCACAACAGUGACGUUUCGUCGUUCGUCGCGACACGCAUCGUGCACUUUCGAUCGUUACCAAUCGUGACGAGAGACAGGAACGGGAAUCGUUAGGAGCAUUUGACGGAUCCGUGUGUUAAUUGCUUUUGCGAUCAGGUUCACGGGAAGAAAUCCGCGCGCGUGGAUGCCGACGAAACGUCGCGGCCUGAUUCGCCGAACAGUGGCGUGCGCGCAUGCUCCAUUUUGAGAAUUUGAAAUUUUGCAAGUGACUCGAACGAACGCGCUUGAAACUACGUUCACGCGUCUUCGUGCACUCCGGGACUGUUCCUCGAGUAUGUGUGCCACGGCGGGAUUCAUGUGCUUCCUUGUUUCCGCGCGCGUCUACAAUUGACUUUUGUGCAUUGUCUUGUGCGUUUCGCCGUGGGACAACAUGGCACGCAGGGAUCAUCGCCAAUUAUGCACGCUGCUCUUCCUGCUCCUCUUCGCGGACAUCUUGAAAGGUGGAAAUGGCGAUGUCGAGGAUUCGGAUACUGACGUGCAGGACUACAGUACGGACGAGGACUACAACGAUGUUUUUGACUCAACCACAAACGGGACUGACGUGGACGCUGCAUCCGGCACGAAAAGUGGCACUUUAAAAUUUGUAAGGACUCUGACAAAUAUCUCGAAGGAUGCCGGCGGCGUUGCUCAUAUGCGAUGCGAAGUCGUGGGCGAUCCACCUCCAACAAAGAUACGAUGGUACAAGAAUGAAGCACCAUUAGAAGAAAACCGACCAAAAAUCACUAUUAAGAAAAUACACGCGCAAAUGCAUGAACAUGUGGCGCAAAACUUGGCAGGAAGUAGAUUAAAAAUCACAAAUUUGGACGUUUCUGAUAUUGGUUUUUAUACUUGUCGCGUCACCAACGGCAAGGAUCAAAUUCAAAGCGAAGGAACACUACGAGUCGAUUCCUCAAAGAAAUGGCCAGCUCCUAUACAUCCAGAACAUCCUAUAGGACAGCCAUCGGGCGACAGAUUUUCCACGGGAAUGUCAGGUUUCAUGGACGGCAUGGGACAUGGAGAUAUGUUGGACAUCUCAGGAACUGGAAUGUCUACACCUCACAUCUCUCACUUGGCAUCCGCGAAUCCAUUUAACAUACUUUCACCGAGUCCACAGCCAACCAGCUCACAAUCCAGCACUAUGGAUUUCAAUACACUCAGCGGCCUUACUAAUGGCAAUAUACAAUUCCCUCCUAAUAUGAAUUUUGAUGAGAUGUCAAGCAUAAGUUCAGUUUCAGGCAGAAAGGACAAUCAUAAAGGAACUUGUGAGGUAUAUAUAGGAAAAACCUGUGCACAGUUUGUAGGAAAUCAAUCGGUUUAUAUUAUAUAUCCCAUGACACAGAAAAUGCUCGAGGAGAAAUUAAUGAAGGCCUUUCAAGUUAUCAAUUUCUCAAAUGAGCUCUCGUCAAAUUGCGAAGGAUAUGCGAAGCCAUCCCUUUGCUAUUCCGCCUUUCCGAUUUGCCGCGACCCAUUUAAUAUUAAAAAACCGAAGAACGCAGAAGCGAGCACGCAACUCUUCAAUCUCCUGAAUUCCAAGCAAGAUGAUUUUUUAGACGACGGAGAUCGCGAUGAUACAGAUGAUUUUUCGAGACUGCAUAGUGUUCCCAAACGUAGUCCUACUUUGGGCCCAGUUUUCAAUUUUAUGCCCAAUGAAGAUGGGAAGUCAAGCAACAAGAAAAUAAUUAAUCAGAGUUACGGCGACGCACGAGCAUCCAGUAGAAAUGAGAUCAAUCGUAAAUUACGAAGGAUAUGCCGGGAGGAGUGCGAAAUGCUGGAGAAUGAAUUGUGCAGAAAGGAAUAUGCGAUAGCAAAGAGGCAUCCGUUGAUUGGGCAUCAAGUGCCUUUGGUUGAAUGUUCUGACUUACCACUGGAAGGGACAACUGAGGCUCGUGAUUGCUUAACACUUGGGUUAUCUGUGGUAAACAACGUGCAAGAAAAUGAUUAUUGCUAUUGGGGUAGUGGAAAAUCCUAUCGAGGAAUUGUGAAAACGAGCGUCAGUGGAAGAAUGUGUUUGCGGUGGUCUCAUCACUUUAAUCUUCCGAUUUCUGAUUAUCCCGAAUUAGCUGGACGUCAUUCUUAUUGCCGGAAUCCUGGCGGUAAAGAAAUUCAGCCAUGGUGUUAUGUUGAUGUCAAUAACAGAAUGCAAAAAGAAUUUUGCAGUAUACCUAAAUGUGUUGAGAAUUUAUGGAUUUAUGCGGUCGUUGGUUUUGUACUAACAGGAGGAUUUGUUAUUAUAUUAAUUUGUUAUUGCUGCUGCUACAGAAGUAGGAAAUCCAGAAGGCAAAUGAAUCAUUUACCAUCCAAUAAAAUGUUAACUAGUAUCCAGUGUGAUAAGAACAUAUAUGAUGGAAGGAGGAGCACAACACAACCCAUGGAAAUGAGUUCUCUUUUGGCAGGACCUGGUAAUACGACGCCGGGCACUGGCACUUUAAGCAGUGGCAGUAGUAGAACAUCUAAUAAUAGGAUACCGCAAUUUACUACAAAUAAUAUCGUGCUCUUGCAAGAACUUGGUGAAGGCGCUUUUGGAAAAGUUUAUAAAGGCGAAUUGCAAACGGGAAAUAAAUGUGAGCCACCUAUUUAUGUAGCAGUAAAAACACUGAAGGAAAAUGCUACGCCCAAGACUCAAAGCGAUUUUAAAAGAGAAGUCGAAUUGAUGACAGAUCUACGGCAUCCGAAUAUCAUUUGUUUGCUUGGUGUGAUACUGAAAGGAGAACCAAUGUGUAUGCUCUUUGAGUACAUGACUCAAGGAGAUUUGCAUGAGUUUCUAAUCUGUCAUUCUCCGAGAUCGGAUGUUCCAUUAAAUAAUAGUGGCGGAAAAAUUCUGGAGCAACCGGAGUUUUUGCAUAUUGCUUUACAAAUUGCUUCUGGCAUGGAAUAUUUAGCUAGUCAUCAUUACGUCCAUCGUGAUUUGGCAGCAAGAAAUUGCCUAGUAGGCGAUAAUCUAACAGUAAAAAUCUCAGACUUCGGUCUAUCGCGAGAUAUAUAUAGCAGCGACUACUACAGAGUACAAUCCAAGAGUUUACUUCCUGUUCGAUGGAUGCCACCCGAGUCGAUUCUUUAUGGUAAAUUUACUACCGAGUCGGAUGUAUGGAGUUUCGGAGUUGUACUCUGGGAAAUCUACAGUUAUGGUUUGCAGCCAUAUUACGGAUACAAUAAUCAGGAAGUUAUAGAUAUGAUUCGCUCGCGGCAACUAUUACCGUGUCCUGAAGACUGUCCGACGAUGAUUUACAGUUUGAUGAUCGAAUGCUGGCACGAAGUAGCGAAUCGUAGGCCACAAUUCCCGGAAAUACAUCACCGACUGCAUAAUUGGUACAUAAAUCAAACCUAUUUGAGCGAUUUCUGCAACGAAUCUAUCACCAGUUAUUCCGGCAGCAGUCACAAGAGUACGAACAAGACUAAUUCGACACAACUGUCAGCGCCGAUAUAUAAGAGUGAUCAAAAAACAGGCACGGAACCAGUAAACAUGUGUAAUCUUAACGAUCACAAUAACGUGAUAAAAAUGCUACCACCAACAAAUUUUCCGAAUUCUAAUUGCGUUGAGCAGAGACCAAAUUGCGGUUUUAGCACGGAGCAUGGCACGCCAAUAAAAACAUCUAAUUAUCAGAAUCCCACUACGAAUGUCAAUCUGAACGAUGUCUACGACGACAAACAGUGUUGCUCGCCCAAAUUGAGUGGUGCAAAGAAAGUUUUACCUGCGGUAGUACCUCAGUCGGGUAUUCCCAAGCCAAACGUGCCUAAUGGCUCAAGACCGAUGCAAAACGGUGCGCAAUUAGUUGUCAGGUUACCAGAUCCCAGUAAAGUUACGACUGAAACAAGGGUGUCAAAAUGAAUGACUUCAUUCGCGACCACGAAUGAUUCAUCUUUGAUCAAACAAAAUGCAGCUUCUGAUUUUCAACAGAAACAUUAGCUCCUUACUAUGUUCGUUCACAACUUCAAGAAUUUGGAAUUCAGUAACUGUGUAGAUUGUCAUCGAAACAAGCACUGUCAGUUUUAAAAGAGGAAAAAAAAGUUAUCACACGAAUGCGUACGUUGUUCGUAUAUUUGUCGUGAUAUUUGUCAGCGUCAAUGAAAACGUAUGUUUAUUCUUGCGAUACUAUCGGAUACUUUUUUUUCGAUAAUAUUAUAAACGAAUAGGGUAGAUAUAAAGAGCUGCUACUACUAAUCAUUGCCAUAUACAUUUAUUUAUUUUUACAAAUAUUCACCUAUUUUAUAUUGCCUCUUAUUAUUAGUUCAGAUAACGUAUAUAGUGUGUUUCUUCUUACAAUCUAUUAUUUUUUUGGAUGUGGUAUCGAACAAACAAGAUAGACACAAAAAGUAACUACAAUACUUAAUCACUGCCAUAUAUAUGCAUUUAUUUA